AGACUGGUAAGGCUCGAGAUACGCAGCGCCAGUGCAAAAGACUCCUAACCUUGACCUGGCUUUAAAACUAAACAGGCUUGCUGUGUGUCCGUCCCAGAACUCCGAGUUCCAAGAGAGGGACUCAGCGUUCUACGUUCGCAAAGGAAAGCUGUAUCUCCCUCGCCGGUUUUCCCAGGAAGAAGGAUCGAAAGCUAGGUUCCCUCGUGACUCCGGCGAGCUCUCCAUUUUCCAUUUGCCUCUCGGCUUGGUUUAGACGCCACAAACAUCAGACCUCUCCUGGGAUAAGCAGAUCGCCUGAAAUCUCGUCGCCAGAUAACAGCUUCGAGGGCAGUUCCUUGCCACGUCCUCUUACCCUUUGACGGUGCCGUUCUGCACAUUCUCAGGGGCAGUUAAAAGGGAGUUGAAGAGCCCACAUCUUGAGUACACAGCCCAGCACGGACUAUCUCAGAGCUGGCCCUCUACACCAAGGAUGUUGGAUGGUGAUGUGCAACCCUUUAUCUGUGUUAACUGCUGGGAUGAAGUCUCUAAGUCAAUUACCAUUGAAUGUGGACAUAAAAUUUGCAUGUCUUGCUUCUGGAAGAAAUCCUCUUCAUCUUCAUGCUGCACUUCAUGCUGGGAAUUCUCCCACCUGAAAACUCUUCAACAUGACAUUGUCAUGUACCCUGAAGGAGAAGGCAUGUGUGAGAUACACAGGGAAGAACAGAAGUAUUUCUGUGAUGCGAACAGGACCUUACUGUGUGUGACCUGCUCUAAAUCAGAGGAGCACAUACAUCACAUACAUUGGCCCAUUUCUGUGGCCGCUCUGAGCUACAGGAAAAAAAUAAAGUUAUAUCUGGCAAUCUUGAACAACCAUCAAAAAAAAAUUCAGGAACUUCUGUUUCAAGAGAAAGAGAGAUCCCUGGCAUGGAUUAUCAAAUGCAAUGACUACAGAGAUAUUCCCAAAAAAAUAUAUGAGCAAAAAGUUCACGUAGUACUUAAAUACAUGAAGGGGAAGGAGAAGAAAUUGGAAAAGGAGGAACUUAUUCUAGAGAAGAUAGAGGAGAAAUUCAACGAGCUUUAUCAGAAGCUAAAGAAGACAGAGGCUACCCAGGAAUGUAAAAUCCUGGAGCAAAAGAAGGAGUGGGAGACCAUGAUGUACAGCCAAAGCAGACUCUUAACGGACACAAUCACUGAGCUGCAGGAACAGAAUCAGAAACCAGACUUGGAAAUGCUGCGGGAUGUGACAGCAAUGAUGGAAAGGGGUAUGAGACGGUACAAUCUGAAACCUUUCAUUCCAAGAGUGGAUACUUUUUAUCUCAUGGUGGUAGCUGACUUUUUAAAAUUCUAUCACAGAUUUAAACUGUUGGAGAACUGCAAUCACUACACCUUGUCCGACGAUAAAAAGAGGACUAUCACAUUUAUAAGUGAUUCCUCAGGAAAUACAUCAGCUGUUUACACAACUGGCAAUGUUGAAGCUGAGGCCAUCCAAGGAAGAGAAUUGCUAAAUCUUUGGUCCCAGGAUAGAAUUGUCGACAAAGAAGGAUGUGCAAGAAAGAUCACCAUUGCGAGUGGUUUCAUUUCGUCAAGAUAACUAAUCUUAAGUCUCUUUACGUCCAGUCAAAAAGCAGUAUGUGCAAAUGGCUUUGCAUCUGAGUUUGGGGUAUCUCUGUAUAUAUGGUUUUGAAUCUGUUGUAUUUAAUAAAUUUCACUUCUUGGGAAA